AUGGAUGCUGCAUUAGCCGUUGCAAGAAUCAGAAGAAUUCAAGCAGCCUUAAAGGUUCUAGUUGUUCUGGGGCUAACCGCAAUACACUGGCCUCAGCAAGCAAUCGUAUUAGAUGGCGCUCGCUACAGUUUCAUCAUAGUGGGCGGUGGCACUGCUGGGUGCGUGCUCGCCAACCGGCUGACGGAGCGGUACCAUUUCAACGUUCUGCUCAUUGAGGCUGACGGCGAUCCGCCGUUUGAGUCCAUGCUUCCAGGGUUAGUAGGUUACCUGCCUAAAACAUCCGUAGACUGGAACUACACUGAGCAAUACGACCGAAACAAAGAAUUUUACCAAAACAACAUUGAAUUGCCAUUAACGCAAGGCAAAAUGCUAGGCGGGUCCAGCAGCAAUAGUUACAUGAUCUACGCAAGAGGACAUCCCCACGAUUACAACUCUUGGGCUAAUAAAGUCGGCGAUCAGUCAUGGAAUUAUGACAAUGUAUUACCUUACUUCAAAAAGAGUGAGCAUUUGGACGAUCCCGAAAUCCUCUGGUCAGAGUACUCUAUGUUUCACGGCACUGCAGGCUAUAUGCACAUCACGAAAGAACCUCACCUUGAAACCAAACCCUAUCUGAAUAUGUUCAAGGAGCUAGGACACAAAAUUCGUAUAGAUUUUAACGGAGAUGAAUAUUUAGGAUAUGGCGAGCCUACUUUUACUAUAAGCGAAGGAGUAAGGCAGAGUACAGCCUUUAGCUUUCUUAGACCAGUCAAAAACAGACAUAAUCUACAUGUUGUCAAGAACACACUUGUUACAAAAAUUUUAUUCGACGACUAUAAGAAUGCUAUAGGAGUACAAGCUUUGACUCAAGAUCGAAAAUUAAUAAAUAUAAUGGCGGAUAAAGAAGUUAUACUAACAGCUGGGGCAUUCAACUCCGCCCAAUUACUCAUGCUUUCUGGCAUUGGCCCUAAAAAAGAUUUACAAUCCUUAGGAAUUAAGGUAGUUUCUGAUCUGCCAGUCGGUCAAGUUUUAAAAGAACAUCCUGCAGCUUUACUUGCAUAUAAAAUGAAGAGAUCAAAUGAUCCGCCGAAACCUCAGAACCCUGCAGAAUUUCCGAUGCCUUGUAUAACCGGUUAUAUAACAUUAUAUAAAACCCAUACCUAUCCGGAUUCUGAAUCUAUAUGUUAUAUUAUUCCCAACGACUCGGAUGCGGCAUUGUCAAUGUGUUCCUUCAAUCUUGGUCUUAAUUACAAUACAUGUCAAGCUAUUUAUGAAGCUGGAAAAGGUAGAGAGAUACUGUUGUGUUUACAAGCUCUGUUACAUCCCAAAUCAACCGGCAAAGUUGAGCUAGCUAGUAGAAACUCAGAGGACAAACCACUGGUCUACUUAAGAGCUUAUUCAGAGAAGGAAGAUGUAGAAACAAUGGUAAAGGCUUGUGAAGAGUUGGAUAAAAUUAGAACUACAAGUUAUUUUAACAGCGUUGGUGGUGAAGCUAUUGAUCUCAGAUUGCCUAAAUGUAAAGGAUUGGAGUAUGGAACUAAGGCAUAUUGGGAUUGCCAUGUUUUGAGUACGAGGAUGACAUUGUGGCACUACAUUGGGGCCUGUAGUAUGGGUCGGGUGGUAGAUUCAAAAUUGCGUGUGUUCGGUGUUCGAGGCCUGCGAGUCAGCGAUAGCUGCGCUAUACCACUACUCCCGCGUGCGAAUAUCUUAGCAGCUGUUGUCAUGGUCGCUGAAAAGGGAGCUGACAUUGUCAAAGCUGAGCAUGGUGGUUAA